AUGGGAUGUUCACAAUCAAAGCUGGAUGAUGAAGAGUCAGUUCAGCUUUGUAAAGAUAGGAAGAAGUUCAUCAAACAAGCUGUUGAACAAAGAACUCGUUUCGCGACGGGUCAUAUCGCUUAUGUUGAAUCUAUGAAAAGGGUUUCGGCUGCUCUUCGUGAUUAUAUUGAAGGUGACGAGCCUCGUGAGUUUUUGUUAGAUUCGGUUGUUACGCCGCCUUUUACACCGGUGAAGAAGAAAACUAACCCUAGGAUUGCCAAUGGUAAUGGUAAUGGCAAUGGCAAUGGCAAUGGAUUUGUUCCUAUAUCGGCAAAAUCUUUCGUGCCAUCGCCAAUUGAAUUUGGAGUUGGACCGAAUUCUUUUACACCAUCGCCGAUUGAAUUUGGAGUUGGACCGAAUUCUACUUUGAGAAUGAAUUAUCUUAGGCCGGGUGGUAAUCCGGCAGUUUUAGUUGAGGAAAGGCCUCCGUCACCUGAAAUCGUCCGAAUGGAAACGUAUGCUCCAAUGCCGCAGUAUGGAAUUGAUGGUUAUUUUGCAAUGCAAUCGUCACCGCCGACGAAUCCGUCGAUUUUUCCUUAUUCUCCUCCGAAUGUUAGGUCUAAUAUACCUCCACCUUCGCCGCAAAAUGCUCAAUGGGAUUUCUUUUGGAACCCGUUUUCCUCGUUGGAUUACUAUGGUUAUUCGAGCCGAAGUAGCCACGAUCAAAACGGUAUGGAUGAUGAAUACAGAGGACUAAGGCAGGUUCGAGAAGAAGAGGGGAUACCGGACCUUGAAGAAGAUGAAACUGAACAUGAAGAUUAUGUUGUGAAGAGAAAUGUAGUAGAAGAGAGAACUAGAAAUGAUAUAAACCCCACCAAAGAAGAAGUUUUAGUUGAAGAUCUAGACGAUGAUGAUGAGGAUGAUGACGAUGACGGAGAGGAGGAAGAGGAGGAGGAAGAAGUGGGAACAGAUGACGAAACUGAAAUCGAAACCGAAACUGAGCACGAUGCCAACGCUUCACAACAAACGCACGGAAAUGCAAGCUUUGAAGUCUCGAAAAAUCAAGCUGCGGGUCAUAUUGAAUCCAGCCGUAGAGAAAUGGAAAUCGGUAAACAAGAACCUAAGGAAGAAAUGGCAGGUUUUACUGUUUAUGUAAACCGAAGACCGACAAGCAUGGCAGAAGUGAUCAAUGAUCUUGAAGCUCAAUUCAAAACUGUGUGCAAUGCAGCCAAUGAUGUCUCAGUUUUGUUAGAAGCGAAGAAAGCUCAGUAUUUGCUAACAUCUAAUGAACAUUCAGCAUCGAAGUUAUUGAAUCCGGUCGCGUUGUUCCGGUCAGCUUCUUCGCGCUCUUCUUCAUCAAGAUUUUUAGUGAAUUCUUCAACCACUAGGGAGGAAAGAUGCGAGGGAAGUAAGGAUAUCUCGAAGGAACAUUGUAGGCUUUCUGGUAGUCACCAAUCUACAUUGGACAAGUUAAAUGAAUGGGAGAAGAAGCUUUACGAGGAAGUCAAGUGUGGAGAACGAGUCCGAAUCGCGUAUGAGAAAAAAUGCAAGCAACUAAGCAACUAUGAAGUAAAAGGAGAGGAUCCUUCUGCAGAUAAAACAAGAGCAACCAUUAGAGAUCUAGACACUCAGAUAACAGUUUCAAUACACUCAGUUGAAGCUAUUUCCAGGAGAAUCGAAACUCUAAGGGACGAAGAGUUGCAUCCUCAACUUCUUGAAUUGGUACAAGGGCUUGAAAAGAUGUGGAAAGUGAUGGCAGAAUGUCAUCAAACACAGAAGAGAACCUUAGACGAAGCUAAGAUUCUUCUAGCUGGCACACCUUCUAAAUCGCAUUCCAGAAGACAACAGUCUUCCAUCUCAAUGACGGAUCCAAAUAGGCUUGCCCGAUCAGCCUCAAUUCUCGAAACCGAGUUACGAAACUGGCGAAACACCUUCGAGUCAUGGAUCACUUCUCAAAGAUCCUACAUUCAAGCACUAACCGGAUGGCUUCUCCGGUGCGUGAGAUCCGAAUCCGACGACGUAUCAAACUUACCACCCUGCUCUCCUCAAAGACUAAGCAACACUCACCCAUUAUUCGGACUCAUUGUUCAGUGGUCAAGGCGUCUGGACGGAGUGCGCGAAAAGGCAGUGCUUGACGGUAUGGACUUUUUUGCAGCCGGGAUGGGAUCCCUCUAUGCACAUCAAUUGAGACAAGAUUCGAGGUCGAGUUCAUAUAGAACUUCAACGAAUCAAAAUGGUGGGAAUAUGGAAAUGGUUGAAGUUGGUCAUGUGGAAGAAGAAGAGGUUAUGGCACCUGAAAAGCUUGCUGAAGUUGCUAUUAAAGUGCUUUGUGCUGGAAUGUCUGUUGCUAUAAGCUCAUUAGCAGAUUUUGCUUAUGAUUCUGCAGAGGCUUAUAGUGAAGUUGUGAAGCAAUGGGAGAGUGUGAAAGGCCAAAAGCAUAAUAAUUCUAGUGAGAAUAGAACAUAG